UCCCUUGCCCUAGGGGUAAUUAGUGUCCUUGGAGUUAAAUAAGCUAAUACUUAGACACCUCUGGCACAAGCAAUUAUGUUUGUGUAUUGAAUAAUUGAUUCAAAGAGGGGGGAAGGGCUGCUAAUCAGAUCUGAGCAUAAUGAAUUGAUUUAAUUAACAGGGGAAUCCGAGGGUCUCUGGAAACUGCGCGCAUUUAUUCAGUAGCAGCAGAGGCGAGCGCGGCACAUAAACUGGGAGAGAGGCGGCGUGAGUUUGCUUUCAGCAGUUGUCAGAUUUGCAAUUGGAUUUGUUUGAAUAUAGUUGCUGUUUCGGAGCAAAUGAGAACGAGAAAGAGAGAAUAUUAACAGCGAAGGAGAGCUCAGCCGUUCAGUCUGAGCGUCUGAUCCGUCCGUGUAUGCACAGUUACAGAUAGGCGACACUAGAUUUAUAUCGCUUUUCAUUGUUUUGUCUUUUUAUUCGCAUGGAAUUUAUCAAGAGCAACCAACGCUGUUUGAUCGCUCUUUAUUUGCAUUACAGUUCAGUCCGGAUAGGGGGAUCUCGCCGCGUAUCUCACCGUAUUCGUGUAUGAAUUAUUAUUGAUAGGAGGAGGAAAAAAAACGUGCAGACGACAAUUCAUCUUUCCAGGGUUUUGGUUUAUCGAGGCGUAGUCUAGUCAACCGCGCGUUUCAAAGCCAUUUCCAGGAGCAGCUCCGAGCAGACCGAGCGGUGCAUCCUGCUGGAGCCGAGGACGGAUCGCCCGGGGAAGGACUCCUCGUUCCUCAGGACGAUGGUGUUGGACAAGGAAGAGGGUGUGCCAAUGCUCUCCGUCCAGCCCAAAGGGAAACAGAAGGGGUGUGCUGGCUGCAAUCGCAAGAUUAAAGACCGCUACCUGCUCAAGGCCCUGGACAAAUACUGGCAUGAGGACUGUCUCAAAUGUGCCUGCUGUGACUGCCGCCUGGGGGAGGUGGGCUCCACCCUCUAUACGAAAGCCAACCUCAUCCUCUGUCGCAGGGACUACCUGAGGCUCUUUGGUACAACAGGGAACUGUGCAGCCUGCAGUAAACUGAUCCCAGCCUUUGAAAUGGUGAUGAGAGCCAGAGAUAAUGUUUAUCAUUUGGACUGUUUUGCCUGUCAGCUUUGUAACCAGAGGUUUUGCGUGGGGGACAAGUUUUUCCUAAAAAACAACAUGAUUUUGUGUCAAAUGGACUAUGAGGAGGGCCAGCUGAAUGGGAGUUUUGAGACACAGGUUCAAUAGUUGGAACCUUGUGGCAGCAACAAUCGGCUCCACACUUUACACACGAGAUGGAUGUUCUGCUGCACUUGGAAAAGACAAGCGUCUGUCUGCUUGCCUGCAAUACUUUUUAAGACCCCUUUAUCAGUCCCUAAGGACUCUAUUGUAAAUGUUCAACUUUUUGCCCCUCCCACACCCCAACACUGAGCAGUUACAAAUUUUGAUGUACAGUUGUGCCUGCUUAGCUGAGCACUGUAUUGCUUGUAUGUUUUGUGAAAUUUGUUUCCGGUUGGUUUUAUUUUCCUUUUAGAAAUGGUUAAUUGGAGGGUAUGUACAGUCUGUUUUCUCUGUAUAUAUAAACUGGAACAUUUAUUUUAUGAAAUGUAAUGCAAUUUUAUUACUAGUGUGAAUUAAAGAUUCUUAAAUGUUCA